GUGCUUCUGUUUGAAGCGUUUAGCGCUGACAGUAUUCGCGCUGUACCAUCUGCGCCGUUCCAUAUGCGUAUUCUGAGUGUUAAGUUGUUAACGUCUUAUGGUCGAAUCUCGUACUGUAUUUGUAAUAAUUGUGCAUUAAAUUUAAACGAAAAAAUGGCCUUUGGAUUUUCUUCCGCUGUCUGACAACGAAAACUUAGAAUUAUAAAGUUAUGAUUCUCCAAUGGAGUCUGUUAUAAGGACUUGUGGUUUCUUUUGGUCAAUAGCUGAUAUUUUCGUUGUCAAGUAUAAUAAUGCCGGUGUCUCUGCCAGUCGGGAUCUUCGCUGUUCUAGAACGGUAGCAAAUGCAAAAACCGCUUUCAGAAUUCUGGUUCCUUUGACCACUGCGUUUGCCUUUUGGGUUCUGCUGAUUUAUGAUCUGAUCGAUUUUUUUCGCAAUAGUUCAUGGCUGGCCAAUUAUCUAAACCAGCAGAACCGCGUCAUCACUUUAAUGGCGCUAUUUCACCCGGCUUUCUGUGUGCUAAGAACAUGUCUGACCGUUGUAAUCGUAUUAUGGAAAUCAAAAGAGAUACGCCAACAUCGCCGAAAUCUCAAAGUAUUUUCUAUUUCCUUUGGCAUCUCAGAUAAAACUAUCCUAAUAGCAAAAGCAUGGCUCCUUUUGCUAUGCGUUUUGCUAAACGUAAUCGUAUGCAUACGCGUGGUUUUAGCAACCAUUGCUUUGCUGAAUAGCAAUUUUUGGAAAGUUUAUCCAUGGGGAUUUUUUCAUGCGCCACAUUGGAUUGUGUUCGUUAUCUACAGUGUUGGCACAAUUUGUGGCGGACUUAUCUUUACGUCCAUUGUCACCAAGACCUUAUCAAUGACCACGGGUGUGGUAAUAUGCUGUCAGAAACUGAACUUCGCUGUUCAAGAACUGUUUGAUUUACAGCAAAAUUCACUUAAUUCCCAUGAACCGGAAACGAGUGUUCAGGUCAUUGAAGGGCUGCGUAGAUGCCGGAAUUUGCAAGAAGAGCUGUAUAACCUCAUAACCGAGCAUGAAGACAUUUUUAAUAUGUACUUUUUCACUGUUGUAACCAGUAUUAAUCUUACAUUGUUUUCGGCACUGGCAACUUUGUUUCGGCCAAGAACUACUUCUUUGUCAUGGGCAAAUUGCCUUUUGGCUUGUGUUUUUGAUUUUGUAAUUAUCUUGAUGUUGAUCAUCAUUCCGGCUAGGAUACAUGAAAAGAAUGCGGUCGAUGUCGAGUUGGCGCAAAAACUUCUGUAUCGCCUUCAAAGUGGAUGUAGAUCGUUACCAAUACUUUCUCCAGAGCGAAUGAAUAGCCAAACUGCGGAGGUUAUUUUGAUGCAGUUUAUCCAGCGCGCGGUUUUUUGUCCUCCAGUUCUAACUGUUGGUGUAUGCGUGAAUCUUAGCAGAGGAUUUCUGGUAACGUGGUGCUGCAUUUUAUUUGGAUUUAUUGGGUUCCUUAUUGAAAAAUCUGCGGAAUUCGAAUCCGAUAAGGCGGAAGAAGUCGACAUUGCUCUCCUCUGUAAUUUCACAUCCCCUUAAAUUUUGUAGUGUUCUCGGUAAUUUGCGCCGAUGUUAACUAAAAACCAGUUGGAGCUGCAUGAUAUUUUUAAACCGUAUUUUUGCCUGCUUGUGAUGCAAUUUGUACGCCAAAAUAUUUUUUCCUGUUUGGGUUCAAUUCCGCAGACGGUGUUUCUAUUUGCUACGAUUACAAUAAUGAGCACUGUGAGAAUUUGCUAACUGCCGCAGCUGGAGGUUUUACUUCACGCCCUGCCCAGACUACACGCACAAUUACAGCAUUGUGAACCGGCUUAAUAUGUUGAUGGAUAUGCGACCAUGUAUACUUUCGAUUCUGAUGCUCAUAUGACGACUCUUCCAAGAGUUUUUCCCAAGUCUUUCCAAGCAAUCAGCCUGAACAUAAUUUAUUACUUAUCUUCAUGUUAUGCUUUCUUUGCGUAGGCAACGACGUUUCUGUCAUCCAGCCCGCAAAAAUUACGCUACUGCUAAUUAUAACCCCAUCCGCCAUGUGAUGAAAUAUGCGUCUAUAAAACAGUGCAAUAAAUAUAACGGUUAU